AGGAGACUGAGGUAUACGAACCGUGACCGCUGCCUGCAAGAUCAAGAAUCGGCGCGCUUGUGGUUUAACUCAGCCCAAUACCGGCCCUCUUGUUUCAAGGCCGAACUCGAGAUGCCACAGCCAGGGAUAAAGAUGCCCACUCUCCCGCCGCAUCUACUCAAGGAGCUCGGCAUCGCAGACUCAAAACCGGACCAGAAACGAGGUAGGCCUCGGGGGUACGUCGCGUCCCGGAAAGAGCGCCGGAAAGCCGAGAGAAAGCAGUCCAAGAUCCAUCGCGCCCCAGCCGGCCGAAAUCAACACACCGGACGAGCUGCCCCGGUUGGCAGGCCUAAUCCUUCCUCAAACGCCAGCAAUCACACGAGCGGAACAAGCCGGACGAGUUCGGGCGAAUCAAAACCCCUUCCAAAGAACAGGAGGCCAGAGCCCGAAAAUGACGAGGAGGACGACGGGGACGAGGGGGACAAGGGAGGCUGUGGUUUAGACGAAGUCGAAGACGACGAAGAGGAUGUCCUGUCUGAUGGAGUGCUUGACGAAGGGUCCAACGACGACGAUGAAGAAGAUCGGGAUGACGGAGACGAGGUACAAGACGGAGGGCAGCACAUCCUGGACGCGACGCCCUCUACUCGAAAGCUCCCCAAGACGGUGAAGGAGAAGCUCGCGCAGGAUGAUGCCGAAAUCGCCGACCUGGAACGGAAACUCGGUUUGAGGAACCGGAAGAACCUACCCCAGUCCUUCAAGGACGACGGGCUCGGCGAUCUUCUAGAGGGCCUGGGUGGCGUUUAUGACGGGGAGAAGCAGGAAAAGAGGAAACGCAAGGCAGAGGCAGACGAAUGGUUGGCACAAAAGCGGAGGAAGGCUGAAGCAGCGGCAGCCGGCCGGAAGCAGCCGCAACGUGAGCUUGACUCGAGCGCCGAAGAUGGGGAGUCUGACGAGGUCGAUGAGGAUGUAGAUGGCUCGGAUGAUGACGAUCUGGAGGGCUCUGGGCUCCAGGAGGAUGAUUCGGAUGGUGAAGAUGCCAUGGACGAGGACGACGACGAGGGAAGGGACCAGAACGAUUUUGGAGGGUUCGACUCAGAGGAAGAGGACGCCGCGAACGAACCGCAAAAGCGGGUGCGCGAGAACCCAUAUGUUGCCCCUACGGCGGGACAGACGGCGAGAUAUGUUCCCCCGUCUCUUCGAAAAGAGUCGGGAUUGGAUGCCGAACUGGCCGCUCGAGUUCGCCGACAGACCCAAGGUCUGGUCAACAGGAUAACAGAGUCCAACCUGUUGACCAUCAUAGCUGAGGUUGAGAAGCUUUACAGAGAGUACCCCCGGCAGCAUGUUACGUCUUCGCUCGUGGACCUGCUCCUCAUCCAGGUCUGUGAGCCGACGAGUUUACCAGAUACACUCUUGGUCUUGACAGCUGGCUUCGCCAUGGCCGCGUACAUGGUGCUCGGAACGGACUUUGGGGGACAGCUGAUACAGGAAGUGGUGGAGCGCUUCGACAGGCACUACGCAGAUGCCAAAGUCGCGGCGCUGGAGCGGCCAGAAGUGCCCAAACAUACAUCCAACCUCAUCACUUUCAUCUCGGAGCUCUACACCUUCCAGUUCAUCGGCCCGAAUAUCGUCUUUGACUACAUUCGGAUGCUCUUGGAGAACCUGUCUGAACUCAAUGCCGAGCUGCUGCUUCGCAUUGUUCGCAUGUGUGGUCCUACUCUGCGGCAGGACGACCCGAUGGCGCUCAAGGAUAUCGUCUCCUUGAUCCCGCCAGCUGUGGCCAGAGCAGGCGAGAAGAACCUAACCGUCAGAACGAAGUUCAUGAUUGAUACCAUUACCGACCUGAAGAACAACAAGCUCAAAGCUGGCGCUGGCGCGUCUGCCGUCAUCACGGAGCACAUCACGCGGAUGAAGAAGCUUCUCGGCCAACUCAAGUCGAAAAAGGUCAAGUCCACCGAACCCAUGCGCAUGGGUCUCAAGGACAUCCGAGAGGCCGGCAAACAGGGCAAGUGGUGGCUAGUCGGCGCCAGCUGGGCGGGCCGCUCGGCCGACAAGAAGGAUAAUGCAGCAAAAACAACAACAGAUGGGGCCGACAACAACGAUGAUGACAGCGACGACGAGAGCAUCCUCCUGGCCGACGCCGAGGAAGGGCCGGACCUGGCCGAGCUAGCCAGGGAGCAAGGGAUGAACACCGAGGUGCGGCGGUCCAUCUUCGUCUCCAUCAUGUCUGCGGUCGACUACCAGGACGCUUACCACCGCAUCCUCAAGCUGCGGCUCAACAGGGAGCGCCAGCGCGAGAUCCCCAACGUCCUUAUCCGCUGCGUCGGCGCCGAGCAGCACUACAACCCGUACUACUCGCUCGUCGCCAAGCGGCUUUGUGCCGAGCAGCGCGAGGUCCGCUGGGCGUUCCAGACCAGCCUGUGGAAGCUAUUUGGGCGGAUGGGUGAGUCUGGUUUCGGCGAGGGCGAUGACGACGAGGUGGAGGUGGAUGAGGAGGAGGAGGACGGGAAGGAUGGGGCAGUGGGCGUCAGGCGCAUCGUCAACACGGCCAAGAUGUUUGGCGCGCUCGUCUACGCGGGAAGUCUGGGGAUCACCGUGCUCAAGCGGCUGAAUCUGCUGUACCUGCAGAAAAAAACGCGCGACUUUGUCGAGGUCAUGCUGGUCAGUGUGCUGCUUGAUCUGUGCCGGGCCCAGGGCCAAAGCGGCGGCGGCGUCGGUAGCAGUGAGCGGGGCCAGGGGCAGACCGCCGACGAGGCGAUUGCGAAGGUGUUUGGUGGGGUGGAGGCGACUCCCGACCUGGCGAGGGGCCUGCAGUAUUUUCUGAAGAAAAUCAUCCGGAAGUCGGACUUGGCUGGCGGGAAGAAGAAUACAAAGUUGCUCAGGGAGGGGUGCAAAAUGGCCGAGGCGGUCGUUCAGGCUGCUUUGGUUAGGGCUGAAGGUCUGGUAUGAGGGUCUAUGUCUAUGUCUAUCCCGACAUGAUCCAGUGUGUUGUACAUAGACAUUAGGUACAGCAUGUGUACAAUGAUGAGAUACCCCUGAGAUGCUCCGAUACCACUCGGAGUUUGUGGUGGUGAGGAUCUGGCUGGCUAUGCAACUGCACGGUC